UUACUCGGCGCUUUCUCUCUCUCUUUCUCCUUUUUCCGCUCAGUUCGGCUUGGUUUUGCUUUGGGUCUCGCAGAAUUUGGCAAUUUUAAAAUUUUGCACGUGUUUUUACAAUUGGCGUAACUGUGAGAUUUCCGGUUGAGAAAAAACAACAACAACAAUAAAAAUAAUAAAAGAUUGUGCAAAGAAAGUGUUGGAAAUUUUAUACUUUCACGCUUGUCGAAAAGCACAUAAUUUCCGCUUUAAUUGAAAACUUGCUGUCGAUAUUAGCGCACACAUGCCGUUUACUCGUUUGACUUUUAACCACUAUCUUGGCAACGAAUAAUCGCUUUCGUAUAAGAAAACAGUAAAUAUCGAAUUAACAAAAAACCAAUUACUUGUGUAUUACGAGUGCGGAUGUUUACAAUUUUACAUCACUACGCAUGAGUCGGCAAAUGUCAAAUUUUUUGAUGUGUAAAAACAAAAGUAUAGGAUAUUCUCGUGUGCUAGAACUUCUUUCCUAUUAUUUUUUUGUUAUUAACUUAUUGAAUAAAGUCAAAAAAUGAAGCUGCAAAUUAAAACAUUGAGUCAGAAAUCACUGAUGGUCGAUAUCGAUUUGUCAAAAACUGUGUAUGAACUGAAAAAGGAAUUGUCGCUAUAUCCAGACGUUGGUGUUAAGCCUGAGCUGCAAAAACUCAUUUAUGCCGGUAAAAUACUUUUUAAUGAACAGCCAUUAAGUGCUUACAAUAUAGAUGCAAAGAAAUUCCUUGUCGUAAUGGUUUUGAAGCAGCCCGAAGAGGGUGGUGUGGAGACUGCAACUGCUGGUGCAGGUAGUUCUGUGUCCGCGGCCGGAGAGGCAGCCGUAGCCAGAGCUGCAGUUAGCACUCCAACAGCUAAGGAAACUGAAGCAGCAAAAGAAACACCAACACCAGAGGUAAAACCACCUUCACCACAAACGCCAGCGCCAACUCCAGCUCCAGUGACAGCUGCUGCUGCUGAAGCUCAGGUCACAACACCACAGCGUACAGCAACUGCACCACUACAGCAACCACAGCCUACACGACCAACGAGUGGCGUAAAUGAUGAAAUGGUAGCAAAUAUUGUAUGUAUGGGAUAUCCAGAAGUAGAAGUACGUCGUGCAUUGGCCGCAAGUUUCAAUAAUCCAGAACGCGCUAUCGAAUAUUUAAUUGAGGGUAUUCCCGAAUCUGUGUUAAUGCAACCAGAAAAUGCAUUACUGUAUGGUGGUGAAAGUGAUGCUGAUGUAGGCAUGUCGCCAUUUGAAAUGUUUCGCAGUGAUCCGCUGUUCCGUAAUUUGCGUCGCGCUAUACAGCAGCAUCCAGACCUCAUCAACGACGCCAUACAACGUGUUGGCGAAGCCAAUCCGGCCAUACUACAACUAAUCAACGAAAAUCAACAAGAAUUUCUUAGCUCACUGAUUGAGGGCUCCGACGAUGAUGACGAUGACGAUGAAGGCGCACCAGGUGGCGGUACCAACUAAAUAUGAACACCAGUUCUGCUUAUACAUAUAUAUAUAUAUAUAUAAAAUUAAUUAAAUUGUAAACUCAUGACAUUGUACUGGUUAAAUUAUAAAUACAGGGAAAGGACUGUAUAAUGCCGGUUUGAAUGAAUAGUAUAAAAAGUACGAUUCUUAUUUUUCAACUAUCUGCACAUGUAUGUAUGUAAGCAAUUUGACCGCCAUUGUUUGGUAUACCAAAAAUAUUUCUUUAAUUAAAAUGCUAUUCACUUGCGACCUGUUUCACAAGAACAUUUGCUGCUACAACAAAUAGAAUUCAAUUUCAUUAUAUGCACAUAUGUAUAUGUAUGUACAUGCUCAUGUACAUAACAUAGGAUUCGAUGUUUACGAGAAAAAAGUUGGUAGUUUCUGAACUGAAUUGCAAAAUAAAUAAACAUACUUUAAACGAAA